AUAUUCAUUUAGAUAUUCUUCCAAUAAAUCUGUAAAAAUCCUAGUUCGAGAGAGAAUUUGGAGGACGACAUCACAAUAUUACUUUCUGUGUCAUAUCGGAAAGACCAACUGAGUUUUCAGGGGAAGUGUGUUGUUUAUCCUCUACGUUGACUAAAACACAUCUAACCGAUGGAAGUCAAACUAUGGAAUGACAAACGUGAGAGGGAGAUGUACGAUAAUUUUGCUGAGCUGUAUGCCAUCAUCAAGGCUACAGAAAAGCUCGAAAAAGCGUAUGUUCGAGAUAUUAUUCCAUCAGCUGAUUAUGAACUCGAGUGUCAGAAACUCAUAGCACAUUUUAAGACUUUAUCAUCAACACUAAAAGAUGUUGUCCCCAGUAUCGAAAGGUUUCAUGAUACUUACAAAAUGGACUGCCCGGCGGCAAUGAACCGCCUGAUAAUCUCUGGUGUGCCUGCUACAGUGGAGCACAGGGCAGCUGCCGCAGCCUCUGGGGUGAACUCUGCGGCGAUUGUGGCGGAAUGCGUGCAAAAUUUCAUUACUGCAAUGGAUUCUUUGAAGCUGAACAUGACUGCAGUUGAUCAAGUUUUCCCUUUGCUUUCUGAUCUGUCAGGUUCGCUAAACAAACUGUCGAUUUUACCUCCGGAUUUUGAAGGAAAGACUAAGAUGAAGGAGUGGAUUGGACGGUUAGCGAAGAUGGGGGCUGCGGAUGAGUUGACCGAGCAGCAGGCUAGGCAGCUUCAUUUUGACCUGGAAUCGUCUUAUAACUCAUUUAUGGCUGCAUUACCGACAAGUGCAUGAUUCUGGCAUGUAAUCUUUAAGAAGAAGAAAAAUGAUCACAGUUUUUAAACCUCAACCGAUUUCACUUGAGUCUGUGUUUGAAAUAUUGUUUUGUUGCCUGUGAAGUCUUGAUUGAUAUAGGGGGGAUGUUUGGGCUUUUCUUUUUGUAAAUUGUUAAGUUUAUGGGUAUAGUUGUGAUUGCAUUUGUAUAAGCGGCAUAUAUGAUAAAUUUACAUUAACAAUAAAACCCAAAUUAGUUA